AUGGAGACUGGGGAAGAGGAUGGAAUCCGUGUUUUGCCAGAUUAUUUGCUUGUUGAAAUCCUCUCUCGUUUACCCUCUACAAAAGACGCCAUUAGAACAGGUAUACUCUCCAAGCGAUGGAAACAUCUUUGGACUUCGGUACAUACUCUUAUUUUUAAACAUUCAGAUGAUCCCCUGACUCAAUCUCGCCAAAACCCCAACUCUAUGUCCGAUUUCAUUUCAUUUGUGGAGAAAGCCCUAACUCAAUGUCGCCAAUUGAAGCUCAAAAAAUUCGAUGUGUAUAUCACUUAUGAUAUACGAUUUGACUCACACUUCAAUAAUUGGAUUCGUUAUGCUAUAAGUCGUAGCGUUGAAGAGCUUAAGUUUAAGUUUUGGUACAGGGGAUUGGAAGCUGAGUUUCUGUUAGAUCAAAUUUUUUUCAUCAGUUCAUGUUUUAGGGAUCUAACAUUAGAAGGCUGCAUAUUGAAUCCAACUGGACCGAUUAUUUGGAAGAAUCUUAGGAGUUUGUGUAUUUUCAAUGCGAAAUUAGAUGAAGACUUGAUUGAAAAUAUGUUAUCGGGGAGCCCUGUAUUGGAAACUUUGGAGUUGGGUGUUUGCUAUGGUUAUAGGAAGAUUGAUAUCACUUCAAAGAGUGUUAAGAACUUGGUUUUCUCUGGAUACAGUGCUCCUGAGGAUGGGUAUUAUCUUGAUGAUAUUAUUGAAAUCAAUGCUCCUAAUAUUUUAUCACUAACAAUCCGAAAUGACUUGGUGUUGUGGAAGCUUUUGUUGCUAAAUGUAUCUUCUGUGGUCGAAGCUAACUUAGAUUUUGAAAAGCUUGGGUAUAGGGAGACAACGCUCGAUGAAGCUGAAGAAGAUAUGCUUAAAGGCUUUAUACUAAACCUUCACCAUGUUAAGGACCUUAAAGUUGGAGGUUUCUGUUCUAAUGUUCUCUCUCGUUUGGAGGUUAAAGGAUUCACUUUUCCAUCAAAUAUGAAGCUUCCGGAUGUUACAUCAUCUUCAUGUGUUGAUAAUGAUUUGUUGGAUCUUGAUUCUUGGUGAUUAGUUGAAAGCAGAGAUUGGGUGGUGUUGAUUGAUGAUGGUUGUCAUAAUCACAAAAAGCUAAUUGUUGGAGUAUGUCUCUGAAAGUUGUGUCACUUGCAUGAGUUUGUUGUACAUUGUUGUAAUUGUAAAACCCUAAACCUUCUCUUGUAACAUCACACACAAACGCCAUAUCAAUAUUGAUUGUCGAAAGUCUCUUCCAUUUAAUUAAGUGAAAUUUCUUCAAUUUCCCAUAUUGAUCAUAAUCUUCACUGUUUCACUUACAUUAUAUGAUUGCC